AACCAUUUUGACAUUUUAAUGGGUCGUUUACGGGACAUUUCGAAGUGUGUUUUGGCAAUAUCCUUGUCAUGUUUUGUUGUGUUUGUUUCGAUUGAUUACUACGAUGAUGUGAGCGAGGUGCUUAAUGAGGUUUGGACUUUUCUCACUGGAUUUCUACUACGCCAUGGUAGAGCGUACUCCUUUACUACCAUCCAUCAUGGUACAAAAAUUGAAGAACCAAGUGAUACAACAUCUCCACAGCAACCUACUGAGGAAUAUAACACAGAAGAAACUACAAUUACAGAAACAGUUAUUGUCGAUGACUUCUCUCAUGUGGUAGCAAUACUACACAAAAACAAUUUUUUGCUAGGUGCUGGGGCGAUUGUUGGAGACAAAUGGAUACUCGCAACUGCUUUUCAAAUUGGGGCUUUCAAGCCAGACCAGCUGUGUGUGAGAGUAGGCAGCCAGUCAGCUGUUUCUGGUGGUCAGCUGUUAAAGGUAGAUCAAGUGUUUGUCCACCCAAUGUUCAAGCAGUUCAACAAUGACGUAGCGUUGCUGAAGACUGCUGAUGCCAUCUUGCUGAGUGAGACUGCCAAGCUGAUUCCUGUGUCAGAAACAUCUCCAAGCAUGGGAGAUGCAGCAGUGCUCUGGACGUGGAACAGUGAUUCUACAGUUUACAAAAACCAAGCAGACAUUCUUCCCAUGUCAGAAUGUAAAGCAUUUUACCCAGACUUUGAUUUGACUGAGAGUAACGUCUGUGCAGUACUAGAUCACGUAUUGCCAUUCCAAGUGAGUCUCUACGGUAGCCCGUUGGUGUACAAGGGUGCUUUGGUAGGGUUGUACAUGGGUAUGGAAGCUAACGUUUACAAGCCCUCACUCUGUUCCAACCUCUCGCCUCUCGUAGGUUGGGUUCACGCCAUGAUGAAAAACGAGACUGCAACCCAGCUGUUGUUCCCACUGUCUAACUGAGCUUUUAAUACGAUAUCUUAAACGAUAAAUAAUACAAUAAAAUGAUAAUAACUAUAAAAGUUCCCGUCACAUGCUUAGAUUCUGAAUCUAUGUUGAAUUAUAUUCUGAUGAGGGAGUAGAUAUACAUUUUCUGGUGUUAUUGUUAAAUGUUUUGUAUGAUUUACCUGUUACAAAUGUUGUUUUAGAAUACUUUCCAAUUAUAUUAUUUGUAUAUUAAAUUGGAUUGUUUUUAGUAGUAGUGUUGACUUUUGGAUACCAAAGUAGACAUUCCAUCUCUAUGGACAAGCUGUAACUGACUUUUAAUUGUAUUAAAACUUAGUUGGUUCUAAAGAUUAUAAAUUUUUAAAUGUACUUAAAUAUGCAAUUGAGACAAGAAUAACUAUCAAGAGAAUGAGCUAUUCACAGAAUGUGCAACAGUUUAAAUUUCCAUUUUUUUUUGUAUUUUUUUACUGUGAUAGUUUAUGUAGCAUGAAGGAUGCUGUUGAUUACCAUAAGUGGUCCUUCAGUUUGGCGUGGUAUAUACAGGUAGGCCUACUAUGAAGUCUGCAUAUUCAUUCAAGUGAAAUCGGUAGUUUAAUAGAUACAGAGUAGUGGAUUAAUUCAACCAUUGUUUUUCAUAGGAAUGGAAUUUCUUGUUCUAGUAAUAGUCCAAGCUCUAACUUAAGAUGACGCAUAUUUUUUAAUGAUGAUAAUAUUACCCACCUUUGAAAAAGUCACAGACUAAAAGAGAGUCAACAAUUAUUUUCUAAAUAAACUGGAUUGUAUUUAUAAUAUAUUGUACAUAGUUUGUAAAUGAAGGUUUAAGUGUUUUGGUGAACAUUUUAAGACCAGUCAUAUCCAUUAGUUUAUUAUUUAAAUACUUUUUGUAAAAAAAUUAUUGUACCUGAUUACACCAUAUACACUCAGAAGCUUUAUUUUACAAAUUAAAUAUAUUGUAUAGUAUGACAUUGAGUUAAUAAAGAAGAAAUCUUAA